CGGUUGGAGACGUGGCUCGGGGCCGCCAUCUUGGCAGGAGGCGAAGCGGCGGCGGCUCCUGUCAGGGGGUAGCAGGUCCGGAGCGGCCGGUGCUCCGCUUCCCCCGGCCGCAGCCCGAACCCCAGCGGAGCCAGAGCGCGGGCGUGUCCCACCUGCGUCCUCACCAUGGUGCUGUUGGCAGCCGCAGUCUGCACAAAAGCAGGAAAAGCUAUUGUUUCUCGACAAUUUGUAGAGAUGACCCGAACUCGGAUUGAGGGCUUACUAGCAGCUUUUCCAAAACUUAUGAACACUGGAAAACAACAUACUUUUGUUGAAACGGAGAGUGUAAGAUAUGUCUAUCAGCCUAUGGAGAAACUAUACAUGGUACUGAUCACUACCAAAAACAGCAACAUUUUAGAAGAUUUGGAGACUCUAAGGCUCUUCUCAAGAGUGAUCCCUGAAUAUUGCCGAGCUUUAGAGGAAAAUGAAAUAUCUGAGCACUGUUUUGAUUUGAUUUUUGCUUUUGAUGAAAUUGUUGCCCUGGGAUACCGAGAGAAUGUUAACCUGGCACAGAUCAGAACCUUCACAGAAAUGGAUUCUCAUGAGGAGAAAGUGUUCAGAGCAGUCAGAGAGACUCAAGAGCGUGAAGCUAAGGCUGAGAUGCGGCGUAAAGCAAAGGAAUUACAACAGGCCCGAAGAGAUGCAGAGAGACAGGGCAAAAAAGCACCAGGAUUUGGGGGAUUUGGCAGUUCUGCAGUGUCUGGAGGCAGCACAGCAGCCAUGAUCACAGAGACCAUCAUUGAAACUGAUAAACCAAAAGUGGCUCCUGCACCAGCCAGACCUUCAGGCCCCAGCAAGGCUUUGAAACUUGGAGCCAAAGGAAAGGAAGUAGAUAAUUUUGUGGACAAAUUGAAAUCUGAAGGUGAAACGAUCAUGUCUUCUAACAUGGGGAAGCGUACCUCUGAAGCAACCAAAGUGCAUGCUCCACCUAUUAACAUGGAAAGUGUGCAUAUGAAGAUUGAAGAAAAGAUCACACUAAUUUGUGGACGAGAUGGAGGAUUACAGAAUAUGGAGUUGCAUGGCAUGAUCAUGCUUAGGAUCUCUGAUGACAAAUUUGGUCGAAUUCGUCUUCAUGUAGAAAAUGAAGAUAAAAAAGGAGUGCAGUUACAGACUCAUCCAAAUGUGGAUAAAAAACUUUUCACUGCAGAGUCUCUCAUUGGCUUGAAGAAUCCAGAGAAGUCAUUUCCAGUCAACAGUGAUGUAGGGGUACUAAAGUGGAGACUACAAACAACAGAGGAAUCUUUUAUUCCGCUGACAAUUAAUUGCUGGCCCUCAGAAAGUGGAAAUGGCUGUGAUGUCAACAUAGAAUAUGAACUACAAGAAGAUAAUUUAGAACUUAAUGAUGUGGUCAUCACCAUCCCACUCCCAUCUGGUGUUGGUGCACCAGUGAUUGGUGAGAUUGAUGGGGAAUAUCGACAUGACAGUCGGCGAAAUACCUUGGAGUGGUGCCUGCCAGUGAUUGAUGCCAAAAAUAAGAGUGGCAGUCUGGAGUUCAGCAUUACUGGGCAGCCCAAUGACUUCUUCCCUGUUCAAGUUUCCUUCAUCUCCAAAAAAAAUUACUGCAACAUACAGGUUACCAAAGUGACCCAGGUAGAUGGAAACAGCCCUGUUAGGUUUUCUACAGAGACCACUUUCCUUGUGGAUAAGUAUGAAAUCCUGUAAUACCAAGAAGAGAGAACCGAAAGGAAAAAUUUCAGAUUAAUAGAAAAGAAGCCAAAAGUGGCUGAAGAGUUUUUCCAAAUUUACAAGCCAUUGGAGACCCUUUUUUUUCUGGUAACAGUGCACGUUCUCUACGCGCAAGGACUCUCAACUCACCCCCAGUGUUCCGGCGUCACAGAGACAUUCUUUGACAAAGAAAUGACACAGACAUAAAGGGAAAGGCUGCUGAUUUCUUUUGCAGAUUUUACUGGCCAGCAUGAAGCAAGCUCUCCAGGAAAUCACCCAGUAAACACCUCCUCUGCCUUUGCCCAAGCUGCCCCUUUAUUUUAAUCCCUAAAUAUAGGUGUAUUUCAUACUUUGUUUCAAGAAGUUUUCUCUGUAGAUUUUAAUCUUUCAUAUUUCCUUACUUUCAUGUUUUCUUUCUGUACUCUCAGCCAAGCACUGGGAUUAUCUGUUCAUAGGUAUUGUAUUUGGCACUCCCAGAAGGUUAUCUAACCCAUUCUUGAUUUUUGGACAGUACCAGUGAACUACUGAAGGGGUACUGAGUCUAGACAUUAAAAUUGAAAGUUGUCUUAUGUCCUUUCUCAUGCCCAUCCAUUGCUCCAUUCUUUUGCCAAGUUGUUCCCUUCCAGUUUAAAGUAGUACUGUGAAUCUCAACGUGUGUCGAUGUUAAAGAUAGCAGCUUUUAAGAUGUACACAGCUCUUCAAAAUGUCUAAUGGAGAAUGGUUCUAUCCACUUCCACAUGUAAUCCUGUCUGCUGCUAGUGCUACCCAAGCUUCCAUUCACCACAUGUGCAUGAUUGAUUUAAAGCAUAAUCUCUCAGAGAUGUUGCAGAACAUUGAAAUUCCACAUGUUUACCACCUCCCUCUACCUGGCUGCUCUUUCUGUCAUUAGUCCUCUCCUUUCCAGCAAAAAUGAGGUUAUGAUUCUGCAGACUGUGUUCAAUGAAUCUUUGUGCCAUUUUCCAUUGGCUCUGAAUCAUUAAGAAGACUGCAUCUGCCCCAUUAGUGUUAGGAUUCAAGAGGCAAUUGAUAAUAUUGAUAUGUAGGGGUUACCCAUACCCAUUUCCUUCUAUCUAAUCUAGCAUUUUCCUCCAUCCUAUCUGUCCCUGUCUCUGAAAUCCUUCCUUUACGUUCUCCUUAGCCUUUUUCGUGUCAUCAUGUAGUGAUUGUUUCUCAGCUCCAUUUCAUCCAUUGCCUUUUCAGUGGAGGCUACAUCAGCCAGUCCUGCCAGCAUUGCACUCAGAGGCUGUAGGUGCCAGCAGUGGAAAGAGGUACAUGACCACAGAUGACCUCCACACUCUCAACUGACUGGAGAGCAGUGCUCUCUCUGAACACCUGGCAAGAGUGUACUGUCCAUGAAACAGUAGUCACACACAAAUGGCUGUGGCUGCAAUGGCUUGCCAAAGAAAUUUCUGGCCUUUCCCUUUCACCUAAACCACAUCAGGGAAGAAUCCUUAACUUUUACUUGGUUUUCACAAGGUUUUUCUGAGGAAGGAGACUGGGACAAGAAGUCUGUUAUGUAGUUAAGUAGAUAAGAAAUCUUAUUAAUCCAGUUGUAUUUGAGAGUUGUUUGUCCAUAUGAUUUUUAAAGUUAAGUUUAAUUUCAAAGACUUUUUUCUGAAAUUACUUUUGGGGUAAUAUUUAAAAUGAGACAUUUUGUAACCCUGUAAAAUACAUAGGGAGUAUAACAUUCCAGUGUACACAAAGAAGGCAGAUUCUUUAAUCAAAUAAAAGAGUAUUAUAAAAUGA